AAUUACGAUUUAGUUUGAAAACUAAUACCGCAAAGUAAACAAGCAACGUUCGAAGAAAACACAAGGCAAAUAACAACAAAAACCGAAUUAUGAAACUAUUCCAAAUCUGUUUGAUUUUGGUGACACUAUUGGCUAUUUAUGCCGAGGCAUCGAAUCUCAAACGCCGUCUGAUGAGCAUUGAUGCGGAUGGCGAUGGUGUGGACGACACCUCUGAUGAUGUACCCGAUGAUAUGGACGAUGGCGAUGAUACAGAAGAGAUUGUUCACACCAAUGUCGAUAAUGGCGAUGAUGAAAUCAAAGAUUUGAAAACGGUGGCCAUCAAGUCGCGCGUCAUCACCUUGGACCGGGAAUUGUGCCGUGAACAGUCACGCUAUCAUCCGCACUAUCCCAAGUGCCAGAUGUAUUGUGAAAAUCUGAAACAUUGGAUGGGCAUGUGUCGUCGUGACACCUGUCACUGUUAUUCGUAGGAGAAUUCACCUUAAAGAGAUAUAAGAUGAAAUAGAAUGAGGGAAAGCAAAAAGGAUGAAAUCAAUAUUGGCUCCACCACCACCACCACCACCUCAACCGCAGAAGGACAAUUUUUGGAUAUUUGGGUGCAGAAAAAAUAUUUGUUUACAUUUAAUUAGACUCUAUCAAUGUAUGUAUAACAAAUUACUAUCGUAUCGUAUGUGUGCUUUCGAUUAAUUAAAACAAUGUAUUAAGAAAACGAAA